AUGGACAGCGACAGCGACGGCUUCUUCUCCAUCGUGGGGUACUCGCCGGAGGGCCUGGCUCACCACGACCGCCUCAUCAAGCUGUUCGAGGAUUGGGUGGCCAGGUAUCGCAAGGCGUACGCGAGCUUCGAGGAGAAGCUGCGCCGCUUCGAGGUGUUCAAGGACAACCUGCACCACAUCGACGAGGCCAACAAGAAGGUCACCAGCUACUGGCUCGGCCUCAACGCCUUCGCCGACCUCACGCACGACGAGUUCAAUGCAAGGCCACCUACCUGGGCCUCCGUCUGA